AUGAAUUGGUUCAAGCAGCAAUUAGCCAACGUCGUGGGCACUGAGGAGCCCGAAUAUGGGCCUUCCGCAGUCCACCCGGUGACCAAGCAGGAAGUGCCCUACUCCAUCCUCUCCAAGGAUGACUUGCGGUGGAAGGCCAUGGAUCACACAAAUGUCGAGACGGAGACGUUCUACUUCUACGCCGACGACGGGACAACCGCUCUUGCUCAAGUCAUUUACAGCAAUGUUGGGGGACUCCACACCACGGCACAAUUCAAUAGCAAAAUCUUCAACUAUGAAGGUCCCGGGAAACAUCUCUGGUGCUCAGACCCGCUGAAAGACUACGGCUUCGACCAGCCGAAGACGAGCUUCUACGCCGAUAACGUGGCUCUGGAAAUGAACGAGGCGGGUGACACUUACACCAUCAAGUCUGCGAGAAAUGACAACUGCAUUGUCAACUUGACUGUUAAAAAGACAGCGCCUGGAUUUCAGGUCGGCAAAGAUGGCACAACCUACUUUGGCACUGAUGUGAAGCACCCGUGGGGGUCAAUGCGACACGCUUUUUGGCCGCGAUGUGCCGUGAGCGGCACCAUGCAGACGCCCUCGAAGACGUACAACUUGGAGGGCAAAGGCACCUACAUCUACGCUCUCCAGGGGAUGAAGCCACACCACUUGGCAAAUAGGUGGAAUUUUGCGAACGUUCACACCAAAGACUAUUCGGCCAUUCUCAUGGAAUAUACCACACCCGCCUCUUAUGGUAAGACAACGGUUGGAGUCGGUGGCAUCGCCAAAGACGGCGAAUUGAUAUGCGUGGGCCCAUGUACCGCUGAGCAUCUCACAUCCAUGCGGGAAACACCCCACGAUUGGCCAGAACCAAGGAAGAUAUUGUGGAAGUGGACCGGCGAAGAGAAUGGCAAGCCUGUCCAUUGCGAGGUCAGGGGCGAUUUGCCGCCCAAGUCAGAUCGGGUUGAUGUCCUGGCACAUCUGCCCGGCUUCGUUAAGACUUUCAUUGGUCACGCGACCGGCUUGAAACCACACAUCUUCCAGUAUCUAUCGAAUGACCAACUCGAGCUCAAACUCAAGGUCGGCGACGAGGCAGAGGUUUCCGAGCCCGGCAAAGUCUUCUCUGAGGCGACGUUUAUCUCAUAA